UUAAUUCGAAUUUUAGCUGCCAUAGGAUUUCCUUCUGGCGAAGCCAUCAUCGGUCGCCAUCGUUGCAUUUUUGUUAAAAACCACAAUUGCCCAAAUAAGAAUGUCAAUUUCUGGCUAUAUAGCAAAACCACUCGCGAUGCUCCCGUUAAGCUAGAUCCACUCAAACUUAAUCCUAAGGACUUUAAUCCGCCACGUCCACUCAAAAUACUGCUACAUGGCUUCACAGGAAGUCGCGACUCUGCGCCCAAUGAUUAUAUACGACCCGUGCUUCUGAACAACGAGGAUGUCUAUGUUAUCUCCGUUGAUUAUGCUUCUUUAGUGAAUUCUCCAUGCUAUAUAACUUCCGUAAGGAAUCUCCCAUUGUUCAGCAAAUGUCUCGCCCAGCUCAUCAAUAAUCUGGUGAAGCAGGGCCUUGUGCAACACGAUCAGAUCCACAUCAUUGGCUUUAGCUUGGGUGCCCAUGUGGCUGGACAAACAGCUAACUAUGUGCAGCCCAAGCUGAAACGCAUCACGGGCUUGGAUCCCGCCUUCCCUCUUAUCUCCAAAGAAAAGCAAAAACGUUUGGAUACAAGCGAUGCAGACUUUGUGGAUGUUAUACACACGGAUAGAUUCUUUGGCAUGGGAGACCCCGUGGGCCAUGUGGAUUUUUAUCCGAACUAUGGGUCACAUCAACCCGGCUGCAAGAAGGAGGAGCCCUGGACUCCGCGUUCAUGCAGUCACAAUCGUGCUGCUCGCUACUAUGGAGAGUCCAUUAAUUCGACGCUGGGUUUUUGGGGUCGUAGAUGUACCAGCCGGAGAGUAUAUGUUAAGCGUCGUUGCCCCAAAAAUAGCCCGCAAGCUCUGAUGGGUUACCAUGCCACAAAGAAAUUGGAGGGCUCCUUCUUUCUCGUGACUGACAGCAAAGCACCUUUCGCGCUGGGCAAGGAUAAGCAGGCGGAUAGCACCACAAACGAGGAGGACUUCGAAGAUGAUUAUGACCCAAAAUGGGAUGAAAUAUAUCCAGAACUGGACUCCAAUGAUGUCGAGAUCAUAGAAGAAUGUUUAAUUCGAAUUUUAGCUGCCGUAGGAUUUCCUUCUGGCGAAGCCAUCAUCGGUCCCCAUCGUUGCAUUGUAGUUAAAAACCACAAUUGCCCAAAUCAGAAUGUUAAAUUCUGGCUAUAUAGCAAAACCACUCGCGAUGCUCCCGUUAAGCUAGAUCCACUCAAACUUAAUCCCAAGGACUUUAAUCCGCCACGUCCACUCAAAAUACUGCUACAUGGCUUCACAGGAAAUAGCGACUCUGCGCCCAAUAAUUAUAUACGUCCCGCGCUCCUGAAUAACGAGGAUGUCUAUGUUAUCUCGGUUGAUUAUGCUCGUUUGGUGAAUGCUCCAUGCUAUAUAACCUCCAUAAGGAAUCUCCCAUUGGUCAGCAAAUGUCUCGCCCAGCUCAUAAAUAAUCUGGUGAAACAGGGCCUUGUACAGCAUGAUCAGAUCCACAUCAUUGGCUUUAGCUUGGGUGCCCAUGUGGCUGGGCAAACAGCCAACCAUGUGCAACGCAAGCUGAAACGCAUCACGGGCUUGGAUCCCGCCAAGCCUUUCAUCAAUGGCAAUAGUUAUAAACGUUUGGAUAUCACCGAUGCAGACUUUGUGGAUGUUAUACACACGGAUAGAAUCUUAGGCUUGGGGGAGCCCGUGGGCCAUGUGGAUUUUUAUCCGAACUAUGGGUCACAUCAACCCGGCUGCAGGAAGGAGAACCCCUUAACUCCGCAAGUAUGCAAUCACGAUCGUGCUCCUCGUUACUAUGGAGAGUCCAUUAAUUCGACGCUGGGUUUUUGGGGUAGUAGAUGCACCAGGAAAGAAUAUGCUAAGCGUCGUUGCCCCAAAAAUAGCCCGCAAGUUCUGAUGGGUUACCAUGCCACAAAGAAAUUGGAGGGCUCCUUCUUUCCCGUGACUGACAGCAAAGCGCCUUUCGCGCUGGGCAAGGAUAAGCAGGCGGAUAGCACCACAGACGAGGAGGACUUCGAUUCCGAAUUCGAUUUGGAAUCGAUGCCUACUGAAUUCAAAGAUGAUUAUGAAAUAUGUCCAGAACUGGACUCCAAUGAAGUCGAGAUCAAAGAAGAGCAGAAUUGA